AUGUCGCGAAUCCCGCCAUGGCUCUUCCGCAAGGCCAGCCGUCGCUCAGCCAACAUUGCUGCACUGCUCCCGGCAUGCAGAGACCUCCAAUCGGCCAUGAAUGAAUUCCGAUGGCUUAAAGAACAUGUCAACAGCACUGCAAGCGCCGGCAAAGAAAACUUGCUCUCUAGGUUAUGCAGAAAAAGAGGCCAAGGCUAUCCUUUGCAAUACAUCUUGGGAUCUCAACCGUUUGGGCCACUGGAUAUCAAAUGCCGUCCUGGCGUCUUGAUACCUAGGCCCGAGACCGAGGCGUAUACCUAUCACCUGGCUGAAUUGAUCAAGGCUGGGAGCUUUAGGGCUGGCGAGCCGGACCAGCGCCUCGGAAUUGUCGAUUUUUGCACAGGAACGGGAUGUAUACCUCUACUUCUUUACUCUUUGCUCCAUCGGAAGUUUGAGCACCUGGAGGUCCUUGGAGUGGACAUUUCUACUCAAGCUGUCAGUGUCUCCAGAGACAACAUUGGUCAUAAUGUUAAGCUUGGCCAUCUUCCACACCCUCGGCCACAACGUACCCUCAACAUUUUACAACAAGACAUUUUUCAGGACGAACUCAUAGACAAACUUCAAGGACGUACCUGGGAUGUUAUGGUAUCUAAUCCACCGUACAUCUCCCGGCGAGUGUGGUAUCAUGGAGGUGGCCACAUUGGACACUCCGUUCGCAAAUACGAGCCGUCUCUAGCUUUGGUCCCAGGAACCGACAUUUCAAUUCCUGAAAAUUGGGAGCACGAAGACGUCUUUUAUUCCCGAUUGCUAAACAUUGCAUACAACCUCAAGCCAAAAGUGAUACUAUUAGAGGUUGGUGAUGAGAUGCAGGCACUUCGGGUCAUAUCGCGAUUUCUCCAACACAAGCUUUCCACCAAUUCACAUGUAGAAGUCUGGCGAGAUUGGCCAGAUUCAGCAUCAAGUCACGAUGAAGAAUAUCCGUUGAAAAUAACAAUGGAUGAUGGAAGCAGUCGACUUGUGUCAACCAAGGGCAGUGGCAACAUACGAUCCAUCUUGAUCAAACUGGACGUCUGA